GAGAGUCGCAAACAGACAGUGGGCCAAAUCUCAGUGUCUCUCUCUUUCCCUCAUUGGAAGGCUGUUUGGCAUCUGUCACACUGAUCUGGAACAUUAGCUACCAGCUAAAUACAUACUGGAUAACUUGUUCUGUUAUACAACCUGAGUAAGAACUGCCUGCCAGGAAUACUGGGAUGAGAAAAGGAAGAAUCUAAAAGGUGCACAUGAUUCACUGGGCCAAGGAAAAUAUCAGCACAGGACAGGAACCAGGACUUUGGAGGCCUGUGACCGAGUGGAGGAAUAGCGGUGUCACAGAGAAUGACAACACAUUGAUUUACCUGAGCUAGACAAUCAGGAAGACACAGAGAGGAAUUAAGUGAUUGUGCUGAAAAAGUGGCUAAUUUUGUAACAGAGUGGUGAACUGAAGAGGAAGAUCGUGCAGCAGCCUGUUCUGAUUCCUUUGCUCAUAUAAAUCAGACUUUUGUUUUGGGCCUAGUGUGGCCUCCUGAAGCAGUGACCAGAACCAUGAAGCUGUCAGGGAACGUGCUGGAUCUGGACUCCACAGACUACAGUACCACCCUUGACCCCUCCUACACCAUGCUGGAGUUUGACAACCUCAGGGUGUUUCCUGUAGAGACAGAGUUGAUGAUGCCGGAGCCUGCCCCUCUGCUGCCACAGACCAAUGGGAGCGUGUGUUCCAUAUGUGCAGACAGGGCCACAGGUAAACACUACGGUGCUUCCAGCUGCGACGGCUGCAAGGGCUUCUUCAGGAGGAGCGUCAGGAAGAACCACGCCUACACCUGCAGGUUCAGCAGGCAAUGUGUUGUGGACAAAGACAAGAGAAACCAAUGCCGUUACUGCAGGCUUCGGAAAUGUUUUCGAGCAGGCAUGAGAAAGGAAGCCGUGCAGAACGAGCGGGACCGCAUCAGCAGCCGUAGAGGAGAGGGACAGGGGCUGGGCACUCUGUCCAUCAGCGUACUGCUACAGGCAGAGGCCAGCAUGCAUCAGUUUCCAGCCCUGACCUCCCCUAUGAGCUGUGACAUCAACAGCAAGAAGAUAGCGCGCUUGGGGGACGUGUGUGAGUCCAUGAAGCAGCAGCUCCUCCUGCUGGUGCAGUGGGCCAAGCGCAUCCCCGAGUUCUGCAGCCUCCCCGUUGACGACAGGGUAUCCCUGUUACGAGCCCACUCUGCUGAACACCUCAUCCUAGGGGUGGCUCAACGUUCCCUGCCUUACAAUGACAUUAUCCUUCUGGGUAAUUACUUUGUGAUCCCAGUGAGCGGUGCUGAGGUGGAGGUGUCCAGGGUGGCUGCCCGGAUCCUGGAGGAGCUGGUCAAGCCUCUGAGAGAGCUGGACAUCACCAACAGCGAGUUUGCCUGCCUUAAAACCAUAGUCUUCUUCAGUCCUGACUGCCCAGGGCUGGAGGCCCCUCAGACAGUGCGGCAGCUGCGUUUCCAGGCCCAGGUGCUGCUGGACGAGGCCACCUGUGAGCAGCGGGGGCGUUUUGGGGAGCUGCUGCUGAUGCUGCCCCCCCUGCAAAGUGUGGCCUGGCAGAUGGUGGAGACGCUGCAGUUGGCCAGGCUCCUGGGGGAGCCCAGCGUGGACAGCCUGCUGCAGGAGAUGCUGCUGGGGGAGGGGGCCACUGGGGGCCUGGGACAACGCACAGGGCACGAUUCUAUCUCAAAUGUAAUGGCGUUCCCCCAACCGCAAGAUCACACCUUGUCUCAGGACCUGCUAGGAGGCCAUGUCGGGUUGCCUAGCAACUUCACAUCAGUCAUCCUACCUGUCCCUAGCUCUCUGCCAGUGGUGCCUCUGGUGCCCACACAGACGGGCACUGAGGUGUACAGACACGGGGAGGGUGCAGACAUGCCCAUAGAGUCUGCCCACAGCAUGCCCAUGGCUCCUGUCCACACCUGCCUCUGAGAAGCAGACCAAGCAGCACCAGCUACUCAACCAGAGAGGAGGAAAAAAAGCUGUGUGGUCUAAACAUGCAGGCACACACACACAUCCAAUCCAGCCCACGGUUGGUUUGAGUAAAAUGAUUUUUUUUUAGGGGAAAAAAUAAUAAUGGACCUGCAGUUUCUUGACUGUGUCCAGCUCCCUGAUAACCACAGUGAGGAAAUACAACACAUUUUCAUUGCAGCCCUCGGAACCUCAUUGAAGACCGAAUAUGGCCCCUGGGGCAAAAUGAGUUUAUCACCCCUGACAUGGUGUUGGUGCAUCCAGGCCGUGCUACUAUAUGAUUACAACAUGAAGUAGAGGCUGUUACAUGGACACUAGUAACCCAAAAAUGGACUUUGACUCAGCCAGCCAAUCCUCUCCCUUAUCCACCUUUGCACAAUGCACAUUACACACAAAGAAUAUGAUGCAUACAAUUAAUAAUUGAUCAGGAAUUGUUCUUUAUGUUAACCAUUCACUGACAAUUAAAAUCAUCAAAUCAAUUAAGACCACAGCUCAAUAGUAUGUUAUCUUUAUUAGAUCAUGGUUGGGUGAGUUGUGUUGGCAUGUUAAUUAAUGAUAGUGAUGUGGCAGUGGUGAAGUAAGAACAAUUUCAUGUUUUUUAUCUUUAGGAUCAAAGUCCAUGCUUUCUCUUCUUACUGUUAAACAUUUUAAAGUCACUCGUUUUUUAAAGGAAAUAAAUUAAAAAUAAAUGUGG